AUGUUAUAUUUUGGGAUGAGGACGUCUGACCAGCGUGAUACGUCAGAUCUCCUGGACAGACAACAUCACAGCGGCCGUCAAGAAGGCCAGCAGCGGCUGAACUUCCUGAGAGUCCUCAAGAAGUACAAAACAGACUCCAACCUGCUGCUGACCCUCUACCACACCUCCAUUAAGAGCCUGCUAACAUACUGCAUCACAUGUUUCUCAUUAGAGCACAUAAUUUAUGGACAUCUACUGGAUGGAUUGGUACUCACAUCUGCACAACACAAAUGUGAAACUAAACCACCAACGUCUGCUUUCAACUCCUGUAUGCUGAGCACGCUAUUAACUUCACAUAAUUACAGACGGCUGAGUCCAAUGACCGACAUGUUUCGUGAUACUGGAACUGAAGAUCGGGUUGUCUUAGUAGAGUCUGAGGAGAGGCAUGAUGAACUUCAAACUGAGCUCAGACUAGUGAGAGCAAUGAAACCUCCAGCUUAUGUUCCAAUGCAGGUGAGGACCUAUGAUGGGCCCUCUGGACAGCCUGGAGGAUCUGUAUUGGUUCAGCACACCAGUGUGAACAUCGUCACUGAGCCUCCAAAGGACCAUAUUAUCUGGUCCCUCCUCUGCUUUGCCUACUUAAACCCUUGUUGUCUUGGACUUGCAGCUCUCAUUUAUUCUAUCAAGGCCAGAGACCGGAAGGUGGCCGGAGAUCUGGAGGGUGCACAACAUCAUGGGUUCAUUGCCCGUGGGCUUAACAUUGCUGCCACAGUCCUGUUUGUCAUUGUACUCACGAUUUUCUUUAUUAUAAUCAGUGCUUUGUUUGCAAAUGCACCUGCUUAUGCUCACAGAGAACCAUACUAUUAUCAUUUUAACAGAGAUUAAGUUGCUUGCUUCUGUGACUUGUUAUUAAGCCUCAUAUUGGGGCGAUCGUGGCUCAAGAGUUGGGAGGUCGCCUUGUAAUCGGAAGGUUGCCGGUUCGAG